AGAUAUUAUUAGUGAUGACAAAGUUAGCACUACCUUAAAGCCAUUUAAUCAGAUGUCUGAAUCCUAUUCAUACUCUGCGGAACAAAUAAAAAAAUUUAGAAAAUUAUGGUGGGAUCAAGAAAAUCUUCAUCCGAAGGCAGAUUGGGAUAAUGCAGA